AUGGAUGACGUUCUGGAAAUACUUGUGGAGAACGGCGAGUUGCCACCGUCGGCUGUCGGAGAUGUAGCCUCAAACAGGUCCAUUGAUACGGGAUAUCUCACCGCCAGUCCUGGAGACUUCACACCCACUGAUGUAUUAACCGAUGAUGUUCUCAGCGACUCACACGUCCGAGAAUCGUUGGCGGCAGACGAAUUGCAGAGAGAACUCAAUGAGAUCCAAAAUGAAAUUAUGGGUCACGAUCUCUCCACUGUUGGAGAUAUCGAAAGAGUAGACGGUAUAGACGACGACCUCAACGUGGAUAUGUUAGCCACUAAUGAGUUCAAUGCCAACUUUGCGGAUUGCAACACCACAUCCGAUAACGAUUUCCUGUCACUUUUAACCGAUAGCGAUGAAACUCACGGGAUGGACAUAGACGACGAACAAACGGAAAGAAUGAGCAUACCCGCACUCACUAAUGGAGACAUCCUGGAUACAUCGAGAACAGACUUUCCCGACAUCAACGAUCUGUCUUUGCCUUUCCAUAAUGAAGACACGCGCCACGACACGUUUGAAGACCGUUGUGACUUCGAUUUCAAGGAGUUCGACUUGGGCAACAGUGUGAACAUGGACACGGACUACUACAUGAACAAUAACUUUCCGAAUCUGUUCGGGCGCGGUCACAUGCCGCAGUGCGACCCCUUACUCGGCGGCAUUCUAUCUCGUCCCGCUCCGAGGCCCGCCUGCAAGAUUUACUCGUGGGAGAAGAGCGAGUACGACGCCACAUGA